AUGGGAACUCCGAAAGACAGAGUAAAAUUCAAUGUUGGUGGCAGAAUCUUCGAAACUACUGCCACAACCUUAGCAGUUGCUAGCAAAAAUUCACUCUUUGGAGCCAUGUUAGAUGAGAAUUGGAACCUGCUCUCUAAUUCGGCAAUCACUGAACACUUCAUUGAUAGAAAUCCCGAUUGUUUUGGUGUCCUUUUGGACUUACUCAGAACAGGAGAGCUUUAUAUUCCUCCGAAUAUCGAUAAAAAGCUCCUAUAUAGAGAAGCCGAAUAUUAUGGCAUUUUGGAUCAUGUCAGGUCAGCUACAUGGGGUCCGCUUGAUGGCAAUAGGCUCCAGUUGGCACGGUCCAUAACGGAUCGGUCAGACGGGGAUAGUAAGGUCUCACCAGCCAUUCAGGCUGGCCCAAAUGGCUGGUGUUCUGUGGCUCAGGGUAAUGUGGUUCGCGUGUACAACUGGAUGCUAGAAGAACACCCUAUAAUUCAUUUUGAGCAUGAUAAUGUGAAUGAUGUUUGUUGGGUUGAUUCUGAAAAUAUUGUGGUUAGUUCUACUAAAAAGCUAGAUAGUGGAGGCAUGGGGUUAUUCAGUGCAUCCACAGGGAAGUCGAAGUAUAAAUUUCAAGUUACAAAUAAAUUGAGCGGUUUAGCUCCAUUUGCCACAGCAGGUGCUUUGGAAUUUGGCUCAAAUUACAAGUUGUUCUCGAGUUGUGAAGGCACUAAAGGUAACCGCGGGAUUGGCGUUUGGGAUCUAGUCACGGGUAAGCUAAUAGAUUUCCUCCGUAGGCCACUAUAUUGCAAGCAUGUAAAAGCUGGCAAGCUGCAAUGGUUACAUGAUACCAACUGUUUGAUGGUCCUUUAUUUCGGUUUAAUGAAUGAUAUCAGGUUGUUUGACUUCAGAGAAAAUGCUAUGGUUUGGUCAUUGGCUAUGAAUUGCAAGGAGAAUUUAGAUAAUAUGACAGAUGCAAUAGUGAUAGAGGAGAGCAGUUCGAUUUGUGUAGUAGAUUGGUAUGAGAGUUUGGGUUUCAUGGAUUUGAGGAGUACUGAUAAGAGUGUAAAUUGGAGAAAAUCUGAGAAGGUUGAUAAUGUUGAAUUUGAUGGACUUUCUUCUUUUUCAAGAUUGGCAUUUCACAAGGGGCAAUUGUUUUCAUCAAUGAAAGAUAGAAUUUCAGUGUAUUGUGGUUCUGAUUGGCUUCAAACUAGCAAAUUUCGACAAGGUCAUGGUGGUAAAAUUAUUGAUUUUUCAAUAGGUGGUGACCGUCUUUUUGCUCUUCAUAAUAAAGAAAACGUUAUUGAAGUUUGGGAGACCCCUCGUCCACCAAUUAUAUGA